CGGCAGCAGCAGCGCCCCUCUGUGCUGUUGUGAGUUACGUGGACACGUACGUGCGUGUUAUUUACAUCGUGGUGUCGGGCUGGCUGCUCGCAUGUGCCGCUGCCCGUCUCCUUUGUCCUGCUUCACAGCUUCACUGGGUGUCAUGGGCUCUGCCUGCAGGGAGAGGAGCUUUGUCACUUCCCUCAUCACACUGGAUCCCUCGCCGCAGCAGUCCUCAUCACCAUCACCAUCGCAUCGCGAGAAGAGUCACAGCCUCUCAGUCUUCUUCGGAGGCACAAUGACCGCGUUCCCGUAGGCUACACCAUGCGAAGUGUGCCCACCUGAAACAGGCUGGGAAUGCAGCAUCCUUUGAGCCCUUCUGUUUGGGUUCCUGCUGCACUGGUUUCCUGCGGAUGAUGCGCGGAGGAGUUCGCGGCGUGUUUAUGUCUCACUCUGCUUUGGAAAGCCCCCAUCCCAUCAGGAGAUCCAUGCACCACCGGUCUUUGUGUUGUUGUUAUUACCAUGUCCCCAGCAUCGGCUGCAACGGCAAGUGAAAGCGCCACCGCCACCACCACCGUCCCCGAGGAGGAGACGGAAAGCCCCCGGGAAGAGCAACAGCCUCAGAAACAGUCUCUGACUAAGUCCUUAUGUCAGGAAACUCACUGGAAAUGCCUGCUGCUGUCACUGCUGAUGUACGGCUGUGUCGGGGUGAUGGCCUGGUGCCAGGUGACAGAGGUCACACGCCUCACCUUCAAUAGCGCCUACAAGGGAAACUCUAUGAUGUACCAUGACAGUCCCUGCUCCAAUGGCUACAUCUACAUCCCCCUGGCCUUCCUGGUCAUGCUCUAUGUGGUCUACCUGGUCGAAUGCUGGCACUGCUACACCAGGAAUGAGCUGCAGUACAAGGUUGAUGUGGACAGCGUGACGGAGCGCAUACAGCGCAUGCAGCAGGCUACGCCUUGCAUCUGGUGGAAGGCCAUCAGCUAUCACUAUGUCAGGAGAACGCGACAGGUGACACGUUACCGUAACGGAGAUGCCUACACCACUACACAGGUCUACCAUGAGAGAGUAAACACCCACGUAGCCGAGGCGGAGUUUGACUACGGUAACUGUGGGGUUAAGGACAUCUCGAAGAACCUGCUGGGCCUGGAUGGUUUCCCCAUCACCAAGCUGAGGUUCACCAAGUGCUUUAGCUUUGCCAAUGUGGAGUCUGAAAACUCCUACCUGAACCAGCGGGCCAGGUUCUUUACAGAAAACGAGGGCCUUGAUGAUUACAUGGAGGCACGUGAGGGGAUGCACCUGAAGAAUGUCGACUUUAAGGAGUAUAUGAUUGCCUUUUCUGACCCUGAUCACCUUCCAUGGUAUGCUUCCAACUCCACCUUCUGGGUAGCGGCUGCUUUCACCUUGUCCUGGCCUAUGAGGGUGCUGACAGAGUAUCGUACUUCCUGUGUGCACUACCAUGUGGAGAAGCUGUUCGGCUUUGACUAUGUGCCAGUAACGCCAUCUGAGGAGCGGGUGUAUUGCAGACACAUCCCACGGGUCAACACAAUUGACAGCACAGAGCUCGAGUGGCACAUCCGCUCCAACCAGCAGCUAGUGCCCAGCUACUCUGAGGCGGUUCUCAUGGACCUGGCCCAGCUCUCAGGGAGCUGUAAUAGCUACUCCUUAUCCGGAGGCUACGGCAGCUACAGGCAGAACUGCGAACGCUGCCACCGUGCCAUAAGCAGCUCCUCCAUCUUCUCCCGAAGCGCCCUCAGCAUCUGCAACACUGGGAGCCCCCGCAUCCCGUUCAGCGCCAGCCGCUUCUCGCUGGGUCGGCUGUACGGCUCCAGGCGGAGCUGCCUGUGGAGGAGCAGCGGGAGCCUGAAUGAGCAGUCGUGUCCCACAGAGAGCACGCGCUGUCUGUCAGGCCAGCAGGCCAGUGAGGAGAACCCUCCAGCCUAUCAGGACGCGCUGUACUUCCCAGUGCUCAUCGUGCAUCGCAACGAAGGCUGCCUCAACCACGACCACCGCUCGCUGCACAGAAAUGGCUCCUGUGUAGAAACUUCACUCUGAUGACACGAGCUAAGGCCAAGGAAACUCUUCAUACAUGGACUCUUGUGUCUCUUUAACACAGAGAUUUAAAAAAAAAAGAGCAUUCUCUGAGUUACCACAAUAAAGGAUUUGUUAACAUUUCUAAACAUACUGUCACCUGACACAAGAGCAAUUACAACAAAGUAUGUGUGUGGAAUUUAUCACUCAAUACAUCAGGGAAAAACAGACCCGAUGAGACUGUUGUUUAAAAUACAGCGAGGCUUUAAAGGAUACUGGCAAAGUGUCAUGUGCAGCCCUAAAGAGUCUGUUGAGAUUCAGAUAACCAAUGAAAAUCAAGGGCCAUCCCGUCCUAGUGUAAAUGCCAUAUUUACAGAUCUUAGUCACAGACAAUUUACAAAGAUAUGAGUAACAUUUCCCGGUAUAUGAAGCCUGAAAUGGGCUUUGACUCAGCAGCAAAUGAAAAAAUUAAAUGGAUGCCAAACGAGAAAUGGAACGCAAAGAUAAGCAACCUUGUCAAAACACACUAACGAGACUAAGUAGUUUUGCUGAAACCAAACACCCUAACCCUCUCAUGGCUCUUAUCAAAGUGAAGUCAGUACAGUCGACAAAUACAGAAAUCUGCAUGUUAACACAUUUUGAUCCUGGAUGAUUUAAUGUCUCCAUUCAAAGUUAAUGCUCAUGGAAAUCCAUUCAAAGAGAAAAAAACUGAAAAUAAAUGUGCGGAUAAAACAUUCAGUCAGCUGAUAUGUGCUUGGCUGCAAUGACAUUAAACUCCAUGGCUCGCCAAAUAUAGCACAGGAGGAGUUUGAAUAAUUUAGCAGACGAGGGCUGAAGGACACGAGGAUUUAAAACUGAUUCAUAAACACUUCUUUAAACUGUUCAAACUGUACAUUUUGUAAAGCAGUAAAAAAUACCCUCACUGCACUGCUGAGAAAUCAGUGUCAACUCCGCCAGUUUAAAAUCUUAAAGAUCCAUUUAGGUUCGUGUUGGGCAAUAUUUUCAUUGAGCCUACCUCUUUAUUUAAGUGCCUAGCAUCAACCGUUACUGACAAGCACAAGCUGCAA